CAUGGGGAGGCGCGGCCACAGAGGACAGGAGAACCUGAGCUGUGAUCCGCCCUCCAGUCUGAGCUCAGGGCGCACCGGCACACGCAGGAGGACCGCAGAAGACACAAAAAUACGAGCUGCGGCGCGUUUCUUGAACGCAACUUUAAAAACCUUGAAGCUGCUGUCAACUGCAGGACAGAGAAAUGCGCUGGAGGAGUGAAGUAAAAGUUGAAUGUUGCAUUGUUAGCGAGGGUGAAAACGAGUGUCUUUUGUCCAACGAUGAGGGCGCACCGGUGGAAGUUUUGGAUGAGGACGCGUCGUCUUUGCAGGCGAUGGCAUCCGCACCUCUGUUAGGCAGAACCGUGUGCGCGAGCUGCAACGAGGAAAUAGUGGAUAAAUAUUUGUUGAAGGUUAACGACCUGUGCUGGCAUGUGCGCUGUCUCUCCUGCAGCGUGUGUCAGACUUCACUUGGCAGCCACACCAGCUGUUACAUCAAAGAAAAAGAGGUUUUCUGUAAACUGGAUUACUUCAGAAGAUACGGGACAUGGUGCGCAUGUUGUGGUCGCAACAUCCACUCCACAGACUGGGUCCGGCGGGCUAAGGGCAACGUGUAUCACCUGGCCUGCUUUGCCUGCUUCUCGUGCAAGAGGCAGCUGUCGACGGGUGAGGAGUUUGCACUGGUGGAGGAGAAGGUGCUCUGUCGAGUCCACUAUGACUGCAUGUUGGACAACCUGAAGCGGGCCAUGGAGAAAGGGAACAGUGUUAACAUGGAGGGGGCUGUGCCGACUGAGCAGGAGAUUAACCAACCUAAACCCUCCAAAAGAGCACGGACAAGCUUCACUGCCGACCAGCUGCAGGUGAUGCAGGCUCAGUUUGCCCAGGACAACAACCCAGAUGCCCAGACGCUGCAGAAGCUGGCGGAGCAGACGGGCCUCAGCCGACGAGUCAUCCAGGUCUGGUUCCAGAACUGCAGAGCACGCCAUAAAAAGCACGUGAGCCCCAACCACACCUCCAACACCCCCAUGACCUCACUGCAGCCGAGCCGCCUGUCCCAGCCCACCCCCACCCCCGAGGAGCUGCAGUACACGGCCUACGGAGGCCCCGAGGGGUCCAUGCUGUCUGCACUGCACUCCUUUAUAGACAACCAGCCUGUGGUUUCUAUAUUCAUGAGUCCAACUACUGGUAAAUCCUACCCAUGCACCUAAAUACUGUAUGUAUAGUAAAACUAAAAUGAACACUAUCAUUGUCUUCAAGUACAGAGGAAUAUCCCAGGUCAUACCAGGAGUCUGUUAAACAUUUAUCCACACACAUACACUUUAACACUAGAAUACAACACAUUUUCAUGAAUAAUUGUAGAAUAUUGUAACAUACAUGAAACACAUCUCACAUGAAGGAACUGUUAAUACAACAUGAUACAAUACAACAUCGGAAUUGUUGAAAAAUUGUCCAAAAAACAGCUCUGCAUCAUUAUCAUCGUGAUGAAAAAGUAGAGGAGCCAUUAGAGAAGCCAAGAUCUGGAUUGUCUCUAAGUCAUUGUCCAUGUUGAACUAACAGCUGGUGGCCAAGGGUGACUUCUUGUUUUCUUCUGAAGACAAAUCAAAUGGGAUGUAGUGACUCAAGAGACCCAAUCAGGCAGCAAAUGUGGGCGUCUGCAUCAUCUUUUAUGCAAACCAAGUUUCCAAACUAAAACAAUCAGCUGUGUAUUCAGCGGUGACUGUGGACGUCAGUUUUCACAUCAUACAGUAACAAAUGAAAACAAAUGAAUACAGGGGUUCUUACUGGUGGUUCUUCUAGGUUCAACUGGACUAGUUAUAGUUUUUGAGAAUGCUUCAUAUCUCAUCCAAGAGACUUCUUUAGUUGUAGUUGCUGGUGGAGGAAAGGGAAUUAUAAACCUUUAUUUUAACCUUUAGUGUUUAGUCCACGCUCUUGGAUGAGAGAUGAAACGUUUGCAAAAGAACAAAACUAGUCUAGUUGAACCUACAAGAACCACCAGGAACGAUGACCUGGGCAAAGGAGAAGCUACACAGACAAAUAUAGAGGUUCAUUUUACCCCUGGGGAAAAUUUUCUCAAGGUAUGAAUGUAUAUAUUGUUCACUUGAAUGUAUGUAUCUAUUUAAUAACAGAACCCAAUUUUACCUUUUAAAGAUAAUAUCAGACAUAAUUUAUUGAUCCCCAAAGGGGGAAAUUCAAAUGUACAGCAGCACAAGACAAUAAACAUCAAAUACAAGAGAAAAAUAAAGAGAAAAAUAAAAAAAAUAGAAAACAAAUUUGUUAAAGUGUCAGAAUGACAUAAAUAGUAAUAAUAAUAGUAAAUAAAGUAAUGAAAUAAAGUCUAAAUGUGUGGUGAUCCUUCAGUAUUUAACCUGUUGCUGGUUCUGUUGUUGACUGAUUUAACAUGCGAAUGUUAUUUCAUUUGAUGAAUAAAGUCUUUAGUAUAUUCAUGUAAAAUAUUGUGGUUUGAGUAUGAUCGACUUCAGUGACGCCGGUUCUCUUUGUGUCCACAGUCCACUCCCCUCCGUCCAUGUUUCAACCGAUGCUGCCGGCCCAUGCCAUGACCUCCCUGCCUGUGUCGCACGCCUGAACACGCACACGCAGUAGCCUCAGUCCCACAUUAGCGUCCCCAGUAAUCAGAUCUCCAUGGUGAAUAUAAUUUCAUUCUCCGUGAACCAUUCGACCGUUUCUUUUCUUGCUCUGCCAGUAUUUUUGAAACACGUUUUUUCUCACUGUUACAGCACAAUGUUGAAUGACUAUAAUUUGCAGUCUUUCUGUACUGUAUAAUGUGCAAAUGGAUCGGUUUAAGUCAAUGUACCUCAUAGGAUUGUGACAUAUGACAUUUGAGAGUUCUAUCUGUCUGUGUAGUCUGUGACACUAUUUGACGGCGCUACUUUAUACGUGAAAAGCUGCAAGACCCAAAACUUCAACCCAUGAUGAAGAUGAACUUGAAAUUGUUUGUAAAACAGUGUUUGCAUAUUGCAAUUUAAUUUAUUUAUUGUAUGUGAAGUGUGUUUGGAAAAUAAAUGUCUAAUUUCACAAC